AUGUUCCUGCAUCGUGAUUUGUGACUCACAGUUCUCUGGUAACCCAUCAGAUAAACAAAACAAAGUGAAUAGGCAGAACAGGUACAACCCAAUAGGAACUAACCACGAUGCACCAUUUGAGAAGCAUUGUCAGCAGCAGACCUGCAUCUAACACAUACUUUCAAAUACUUUAGCUGUGGCUUAUUUAGUCUUCACUCCCUUUAACGAUCGCUCUCAUCCUCCCUCUCUCUUUCUCUAUCAUCAGAUGAGAAUCUAAUGGGGAUUCAGGUGAGCAGGAGAUGCAGAGUGAAGGGUAGACACAGGGAUUAAACCCCGGUCUCAGGCGGAGAGUUGUACAUGUGCAUAAAUCCAGGAAUGUUAGAGCAUGGCUCUGCACCUCACAUGUAUUUUCCCUUGCUCUCUCUCUGUAUUUUAGUGCUUUUUCUCUACAACCCCCUUUGGUUUGACAUAGGGUUUGACAUUCCUUAUUUAUUUGCUAGAGAUGUUAACCUGAGUCUCUCUCUCUCUCCUCCAGGUGUAGCUGUGCUGGUUUCCCCAGACGUUCCUCUUCAGGUGGGAAUGGAGAGCCGACGGCAUUUCUGCCUGCAUUCUCCCUCCAGCCUGGAGCGCACCCCGCUGCAGUACACCGUGUGCGUGGGCCGCAACAUCAGGGCUGUACACCAGGAGGCGCUGCAGCAGCUCUCACCGCCCAGCAGGGUGCUGCCCAACAUGGACAUCUUAUGGUACAACUCCCUCAUCUUCGUCUUCCUGAAUUGUAUUACAUUUAAUUUAGAUUAUAGUGGACUAGCUAUGUGUUAUAACUUAUGGAUAGAGAUCAUUACCUAUUCAUCACCCAGCUGUGUAGCACAGUCCAUUGCAGUCCAUACUAUACAAAGUCAGUCCAGCUGUAACAAUGACGCUGGGAGUCAGGAAGCAGGUGCAGUUGGUGAGUUUAAUAAUAAAGAACAUGGAGCAAUACAAGAGAAGCGUCUGGACAUGAACACAGAACCAAUACUGCCUGAAGAGGGAGUGCUAGAUAAAGGGGGAGUAAUCAGGGUAGUAAUGAAGUCCAGGUGUGCAUAAUGACGGUUGCCAGGUGUGUAUAAUGAUGGGUUGCUAGGAACGGUGGUUAAUAAACCGGCGACAUAAAGUGCCAGUGCGGGAGUAGACGUGACAGUACCCCUCCCCCCUUCGCUCCAGCCGGUGCGGAUGGCGAAGGAGGAAAUCUUGGAUGAUGUUGGGAUCUAGAAUGUCGUCCACCGGAACCCAACACCGCUGCUCUGGACCGUACCCCUCCCAGUCCACCAGGUACUGGAGCCGACCCCCACGACGUCGAAGGUGAGAUCCAAUAGUUAGUGGAGAGCUGUAAUCUUUGUCACAUCGUUGACCCUCCGGAGGACCUUGAAUGGCCCCACAAACCGGGGGCUCAGCUUCUUACAGGGCAGGCGGAGUGGGAGGUUCCUGGUGGAGAGCCAGAUGUGAUCACCAGGAUGGAACACGGAAGCCUCACUGAGUUGGCGUUCCGCCUACUCCUUCUGGCGGCAGACAGCGCGCUGGAGUCUCACGUGGGCAUCGUUCCAAACCUCUUCUGCGCACCUGAACCACUCGUCCACCGCAGGAGCUUCGUUCUGGCUCGGGGUCCACUGAGCCAGGGCUGGCUGAUAACCCAGCACACACUUGAAGGGAGUCAGCCCAGUGGAGGAGUGACGCAAUGAAUUCUGGGCGUACUCCGCCCAGGGAAGGAAUCGGGCCCACUCCCCUUGCCGGUCCUGGCAGUGACUCCUCAUGAACCUCCCCAGCUCCUGGUUCAUCCUCUCAACAUGCCCGUUAAACUGAGGCCGGUACCCGGAAGUGAGGCUGACCGUGAUUGUAGGCACUCCGCAGGUCCAAUUUGGUAAAGAACCGGGCCCCGCGGAGCUGUUCGAUCGCUGCCGGCACCAAUGGGAGAAGGUAACGGUAUUUAGUGGUGAUGGAAUUCAAAUCUCUGUAAUCAAUGCACGGGAGUAACCCUCCAUCCUUCUUUGCCAUGAAGAAGAAGCCUACAGAUGCAGGGGAGGUGGACGUGUGGAUGAAACCCUGUUGGAGCGCCUCAUGGAUGUACUCCUCCAUAGCCUUGGUUUCAGCCACCAAUAGAGGGUAGAUGCGACUGCGGGGAGGCACAGAGCCUGCAAACGAUGGCACAGUCCCAGGGGCGAUGAGGAGGGAGACAGGUGGCGCGGGUCUUGGAAAAAAACUCCCGCAGGUCUUGCUAUACUUCCGGGACGUUGGGCUGAACGGCAACCACAGGACUCUCAACCGACGUGGAACCACAGGGGAAGGGAAAGCAGGUGCUCCGGCAUUCGGGUGCCCAGUACGUGAUUGUCAUCCUCGACCAUGAGAUGGUGGGGUUAUGGCGUUGGAGCCAUGGGAGGCCAAGGAUGAUAUUGUGUACGGGUGCACUGAUGAUGAGGAAGGGAAGGCUUUCUUGAUAUAUGGACUCCACAGUGAGGGUGAGUGGUGUUGUGAUGUGUGUGAUAGUCCCGGAUCCCAGUGGUCCAUUAUCCAGCGCUUGAACCGAAACGGAGAGGGGAGUGGGUAUGAGGUGAUGUUGAGGGAGGAAGCAAGGGCCUGGUCAAUAAAAUUCCCCACCGCACCAGAAUCCACUAGAGCUGUAGAAACAAUACAUGAGGGACAGCCAGCUAGUGAAAUCAAUAGUAAAAAGGGUUUGGCGGAAAGUAAUGAUGAUGGAAUACUCACGCCUAACCCAGGAGACAGCUGAUCACGGGGCUGUCCCUCUGCUCUCGUGGACCCCGGGUUGGGACGUAACGGACACCAUUGAAGCUGGUGCACCUCUUGACCGCAAUAGAGACAGAGAUCCAGCUGUCUCUGACGGCAUCGCUCAGCCGUGGUGAGGCGUGUCGCCCCCACUUCCAUGGGUUCAGGCUCUGACUCAGAACGGUCAACGAAGGAGGUAGAGAGGGGGGUGCCGACACUCCCGAAGAAGGUUAUCCAGACGGAUGGCCAUCGCGAUGAGUGCGUCCAAGGAGAGGGUGUCUUUGCACGGUCCUCUUCUGAAUAGGGUGCCGAGUGCCAGCUCAUUCCAUCCGCUGGAUGCUGCCACUGUCCGGAAGGUGAGGGCGUACUCCGCAGCGGUCUGGCCAUCCUGACGUAGUUGGAGUAGGCACUUACCCCCCUCUCUGCCCUCCGGUGGAUGAUCGAAGACUCCUCUGAACAGAGAAUUGAACCCCUCAUAGGAACCCAGCUCCUCCCCUCCUCUCUCCCAGACGGCCGUAGCCUAUUCCAACGCCCGUCCGGUCAGCAGGGAAGUAACCAUGGCAACCUUGGACCUCUCGGUGGUGGGGGCUCCCAUCUGAUGAGUGAAAUAGAGGGAGCACUGGAGUAUGAAGCCACAGCAUUUGGAUGGAGUCUCGUCGUAUUUGUCCGGGAGGGACAAGCGGGCAUCGCUGACCUGGGCGUACUGCUGGAUGGGCUGGGGUGCUGGCUCGCUGGGUCGAUUUGUAGUAGAGAAUCCUCCGCUCGUUGGAGAUGAUGCCCCUCGGGUAAUGUCGAGACGUUGAAGAACGCGGAGGACCUCAUCCAUAGCCAUUCCCAGUUGCGCCAGCUGGUCGUGGUGUUGGCGAAGUAAGUGUCCCGGUUUGCCGACCAUCUGGGAGAUGUCUUGAUUCCCUGCUGCUUCCAUUUGUAGAGGCAGUAUUCUGUAACAAUGACGCUGGGAGUCAGGAAGCAGGUUCAGUUGGUGAGUUUAAUAAUAAAGAACAAAGCGAUACAAAACAAGAUAAGCAUCUGGACAUGAACACAGAACCAAAGCUGCGUGAAGAGUAAUGCUAGGGAGUGCUAGAUAAAGGGGUAGCAAUGAAGUCCAGGUGUGCCUAAUGAUGGGGUGCAGGUGUGCGUAGUGAGGUUUGUCAGGUGUACGUAAUGAUGGGUUGCCAGGGCCGGUGGUUAGUAAACCGGCGACGUCAAGCGCCGGAGCGGGGGAGCGGGAAUAGCCGUGACACCAGCCUAACUGUUUGGUCUUAGUAACCAUUGCAGGGCAAUUGUCAUGUUGUUCAAGUGUUAGGCCUAGAUUCAAUCAUAUCAAGCAUUAACUGGCGCUACCCGACACCCGCAUAGCUGGUGUUUUGGCGGUGUCGUAGGUGUAACUCCAUGGGAGCUGUCAAAUCGGUGAGCGGCUGCUUUUGUGGUCAUUGUCAUGAAGCCACACCUGUUCCACCCGUGUUAGAAGUUCAGAACGAGAAAGUGUAGGCUGGAAAAAAUUAUACUCAAAUUGAAAAUUAUUGAAUGAAAUAAAAAUGAUUUAUAUCAGCCUAAUUGAGGUGUAGAUUACAUCACACAUGCGAGUGUUCAGACUUGUAUCACGGCUGCAUGGGAUUUCUACUAAUGUGACUAGGUGCAUCCACAGGCAAUGUCUACGAUUGGUAUAACACCGGUAGCCGCUUGAGUAUUUGACAGCUCUAACACAGUUCCACUUCCAACACUACCAAAACACCAGCUAUGCGGGUGUCGGCUAGCGCAGAUAUGAUUGAAACCCAACGAGACCUCACAAAUUCCCAUUUCAGUUGGAAUCCUAACUUGAGAUGCCUGUGCUUUUAACUCAGCAGUCGCAUAAUUUAUGUGUAACGCAUUGAUGUCAAAAACUUGAGUUAUGCAUGUGGAUCUUAAGUUAGACGGAAUCCUAUCUGUCUGUCCAUCCCUCCCCCAUCCAGGUUGCCUUUCUGGAAGCUGCUGGCCAGUGUGGACUCAGGGCCGAAGGUAGAGAGGGAGUUGAGGACCUUCUCCAACCGUCUGAGGAGACACCAGCUGGGGGAGGGGGCCAUCAGCCUCAACGAACAUUCCACCGCCCUCCUCGCCGACAUGGUAUGUCCCUUCUCUCCUCCUCUCUUUUCUCCUUCUCCUUUCUUGUCGCAGUAACACUUCAUUUUACUGCCCAGUUUAAGCUGGUACUUACCUGGUAUUUAGGUGGUAACAAUGGAUACUUUCUGAUAGUUACCUCAAAGAAUUCAACCCAAAUGGUUACCAUUAUAACAAGCAGUUUCUAAGUAACUACCUGGUAAGCGGCGGCUUGAAAAACAAAGUGUUACCCUUGUCUCUUCUCUCGUCUUUAUUUUGACCUUCCAAGGUGUUUGGUUGACAGUCGCUGGACCCAGGUUCGAGUCCUAGUCGAGGAUACCCCCAAAAAGGGUUUUCAAAAGAAGGGGUAGUGCAGCAAACUUUAUUAGCCCAACAACACCUUACAAACAAGUUGAGAGGUUCGGAUGUGUGUAUGUGGUGCCAGGACAACAACAUCUCACUCAACGUGAGCAAACUAAGGAGAUGAUCGUGGACUACAGGAAAAGGAGGGCUGAACACGCCCCAUUCACAUCGACGGGGCUGUAGUGGAGCCGGUCGAGAGUUUGAAGUUCCUUGGUGUCCACAUCACCAACAAACUAUCAUGAUCCAAACACACCAAGAAAGUCAUGAAAAGGGCACGACAACGCCUUUUACCCCUCAGGAGACUAAAAAGAUUUGGCAUGGGUCCCCAGAUCCUCAAAAAGUUAUACAGUUGUACCAACGAGAGCAUCCUGACCGGUUGCAUCACCGCCUGGUAUGGCAACUGCUCGGUAUCCGACCGUAAGGCACUACAGAGGGUAGUGCGUACAGCCCAGUACAUCACUCCUGUCUCCUGAGUGGCGCAGUGGUCUAAGGCACUGCAUCGCAGUGUUAGCUGUGCCACUAGAGAUCCUGGUUUGAAUCCAGGCUCUGUCGCAGCCGGCCGCGACCGGGAGACUCAUGGGCGGCGCACAAUUGGCCCAGGGUAGGGGAGGGAAUGGCCGGCAGGGAUGUAGCUCAGUUGAUAGAGCAUGGCGUUUGCAACGCCAGGGUUGUGGGUUCGAUUCCCACGGGGGACCAGUAUGAAAAAAAAAAUAUAUAUAUAUAUGUAUUCACUAACUGUAAGUCGCUCUGGAUAAGAGCGUCUGCUAAAUGACUAAAAUGUAAAUGUAAAAUCACUGGGGCCAAGCUUCCUGCCAUCCAGGACCUAUAUACUAGGCGGUGUCAGAGGAUGGCCCUAAAUUUUGUCAAAAACUCCAGUAACCCAAGUCAUAGACUGUUCUCUCUGCUACCGCACGGCAAGCGGUACCGGAGCGCCAAGUCUAAGUCCAAAAGGCUCCUUAACAGCUUCUACCCCCAAGUCAUAAGACUGCUGAACAAUUAAUCAAAUGGCCACCCGGACUAUUUGCAUUGACCCCACCCCCCCUUUUGUUUUACACUGCUGCUACUCGCUGUUUAUCAUCUAUGCAUAGUCACUUUACCCCUACCUACAUGUACAAAUUACCUCAACUAACCUGUACCCCCGCACAUUGACUCGAUACCGGUACCCCCUGUAUAUAGCCUCAUAAUUUUUAUUUUUAACUUUAGUUUAUUUAGUAAAUAUUUUCUUAACUCUAUUUUCUUAACUGCAUUGUUGGUUAAGUAAGCAGUUCACAGUAAGGUCUACACCUGUUGUAUUUGGCGCAUGUGACAAAUAAAAAUGUAUUUGAUAUCUUGGUGUAACGGCUAAAUUGUUGGGUUAUGCCGGUCGGGGCUACCCCCCGGAUUCUCUGCAAUACUUUGAUAUCUCAUUCAAACAAAUACAUCUGUGAGAAGAAAAAUAGUCCUAUGUCCCCCGGCUGAUAGUCGGACAGCCGAGACAUUUGACUGAGGCUGGGCAGGGAGCCAAGAGACACUAGUUUAGGUGAACCUGACACCUAGCUAGUGCAGUGAUCUGCCUCAGCUACAUGGGAGAGGAGUCGCCAGUUCACCUACUGUUAUUCUAAAUUCACUGUCUAUCAGAACACACCAGGUUUGCAUUCCAUCUCCACAGUCACUUUCCCACAGGGGGGGGGGGGGGGUGGGGGGUGAGAGAGGAGAGAGAGAGAGAGAGACAUUGCGGGGGAAGGAUAAUAUUUUUGAGACUAAGAACAAGAGCGUCUGAUCAAAGGGUGCUUGCUGAGGUCACCCAGUUCACUUUGCUAAUAACGUCGAAUUAUCCAAGGGCACAGUUAGCGUAUGGAAACCUUGGCACGAUUGGCAAAGUAGCGUAAGUGUGAACGGCAACAAUGAAUUGCUGCAAGGACUAUGCUUCUCUCUUGUUAUAUUUUUAUAAGUAUUCAUAAGUUAUCAGUCAAGCCACAAGUUAUUUUUUUUUUCUAGUUUCCAUAUUAGCUUUAUACAACGAGCUCUUGAGUUGGAACAACAACUUGGCGUAGAGCAAAUUGGGAUAUAAAUAGGACUGCCAGGUUUUUGCCUUUAUUGCUGUGCCACUAGAGAUCCUGGUUCGAAUCCAGGCUCUGUCGUAGCCGGCCGCGACCGGGAGACCCAUGGGGCGGCGCGCAAUUGGCCCAGCGUCGUCCAGGGUAUGGAGGGAAUGGCCGGCAGGGAUGUAGCACAGUAGAUAGAGCAUGGCGUUUGCAACGCCUGGGUUGUGGGUUCGUUUCCCACAGGGGGUAUGAAAAAAAAAUAAAAUAAAAAAUAGGUAUGCACUAACUGUAAGUCGCUCUGGAUAAGAGCGUCUGCUAAAUGACUAAAAUGUAAAUGUAAAUUGCUGAAAAAACUUUGUGUAAUGUAUGGUUGGCCAAACAAAAUACAAUCGGAUCAUACAUUUUUGUUAGAUCAGCAUUAUUCAAUGAUACAUUUACAUUUUAGUCAUUUAGCACAUGCUCUUAACCAGAGCGACUUACAGCUAGCUAGUAUGAUAAAUACUAUAAGGGACUAUUUGUCUCCCUUUAAAUGAAAAACAACUUGUAAAGACUUUAUAGAGCAUUCAUAAAGUCUUUAUAAGCACUACAUAUCGGUAGAUAUUUCUCUAAUAAUUUAUAAGCUACAUUAAGGUGAUAUACUCAGUCCUUACAUCUGUUGCUCUGUCAAGUGCGAUACCACCCUUUCCCCACCCUUCAUGAUAUUUGCUUAUGAAGAGGCCUCAUAAAGGGUUUAUGAAGAUUUAUAAAAGUUAUGUUUCCUUUGAAGUGUAAUAAUUACUGUGUAAUGGUUGACCUCAUGGGGUCAGGCUCAAAAGGUCAACUUGUAUCAAAAGGCUUUCUUAGUUAUGCCAUUACAUAAGCAGAAAUCCCCUUUGCCCUUUUCUUCUCACGUCUAAUCACCAGAUGAUUAAAUUAGAUGUUAAACAGUCGUAGCAGAGGUUAUAUCGCCAUAGUUACGUGUUUACUUACAGUAAGGGAAAAAAGUAUUUGAUCCCCUGCUGAUUUUGUAUGUUUGCCCACUGACAAAGACAUGAUCAGUCUAUAAUGGUAGGUUUAUUUGAACAGUGAGAGACAGAAUAACAACAAAAAAAUCCAGAAAAAAGCAUAUCAAAAAUGUUAUAAAUUGAUUUGCAUUUUAAUGAGGGAAAUAAGUAUUUGACCCCUCUGCAAAACAUGUACUUGGUGGCAAAACCCUUGUUGGCAAUCACAGAGGUCAGAUGUUUCUUGUAGUUGGCCACCAGGUUUGCACACAUCUCAGGAGGGAUUUUGUUCCACUCCACUUUACAGAUCUUCUCCAAGUCAUUAAGGUUUCGAGGCUGACGUUUGGCAACUCGAACCUUCAGCUCCCUCCACAGAUUUUCUAUGGGAUUAAGGUCUGGAGACUGGCUAGGCCACUCCAGGACCUUAAUAUGCUUCUUCUUGAGCCACUCCUUUGUUGCCUUGGCCGUGUGUUUUGGGUCAUUGUCAUGCUGGAAUACCCAUCCACGACCCAUUUCAAUGCCCUGGCUGAGGGAAGGAGGUUCUCACCCAAGAUUUGACGGUACAUGGCCCUGUCCAUCGUCCCUUUGAUGCGGUGAAGUUGUCCUGUCCCCUUAGCAGAAAAACACACCCAAAGCAUAAUGUUUCCACCUCCAUGUUUGACGGUGGGGAUGGUGUUAUUGGGGUCAUAGGCAGCAUUCCUCCUCCUCCAAACACGGUGAGUUGAGUUGAUGCCAAAGAGCUCGAUUUUGGUCUCAUCUGACCACAACACUUUCACCCAGUUCUCCUCUGAAUCAUUCAGAUGUUCAUUGGCAAACUUCAGACGGCCCUGUAUAUGUGCUUUCUUGAGCAGGGGGACCUUGCGGGCGCUGCAGGAUUUCAGUCCUUCACGGCGUAGUGUGUUACCAAUUGUUUUCUUGGUGACUAUGGUCCCAGCUGCCUUGAGAUCAUUGACAAGAUCCUCCCGUGUAUUUCUGGGCUGAUUCCUCACCGUUCUCAUGAUCAUUGCAACUCCACGAGGUGAGAUCUUGCAUGGAGCCCCAGGCCGAGGGAGAUUGACAGUUAUUUUGUGUUUCUUCCAUUUGCGAAUAAUCGCACCAACUGUUGUCACCUUCUCACCAAACUGCUUGGCGAUGGUCUUGUAGCCCAUUCCAGCCUUGUGUAGGUCUACAAUCUUGUCCCUGUCAUCCUUGGGGAGCUCUUUGGUCUUGGCCAUGGUGGAGAGUUUGGAAUCUGAUUGAUUGAUUGCUUCUGUGGACAGGUGUCUUUUAUACAGGUAACAAGCUGAGAUUAGGAGCACUCCCUUUAAGAGUGUGCUCCUAAUCUUAGAUCGGUACCUGUAUAAAAGACACCUGGGAGCCAGAAAUCUUUCUGAUUGAGAGGGGGUCAAAUACUUAUUUCCCUCAUUAAAAUGCAAAUCAAUUUAUAACAUUCUUGACAUGCAUUUUUCUGGAUUUAUUUGUUAUUCUGUCUCUCACUGUUCAAAUAAACCUACCAUUAAAAUUAUAGACUGAUCAUUUUUUUGUCAGUGGGCAAAUGUACAAAAUCAGCAGGGGAUCAAAUACUUUUUUCCCUCACUGUAGUAGUUAUAGCAGCCACAGAGUCCAAAGGCCGCAUGAGUCAGCUACUUUACUCAAUAGUAGAAUUAGUAGAAUUUAGAAUAGUAGAAUUUCUGUUAUUUUCUACCAAUAGUGUCCUUCAGUGUCCCUUUCUUGGUUCUGUUUCAACAGCAUUAAUGGUUUUUGUUUUGAUACUGUAGCUGUUCUUGUACAUGGCUUACUUUGAAAUGUAUUUAUUGAAGUGAUGAAGUUUAGGUCUACCUAAACCAAGGUAGGUGAACCAAAAUGUUAACUUCAAUAAAAAAGUGAAACUUUGUAAGUAAGCAAAGCGGCAGCAUCUUGUUUUCAAUCAGGUUAUAUUUUUCAAAGAAUAAAGAAAAAUGAAGAGAAAAGAAAGCCGGCUCACUGUUUUGCUGCUCCCAAACGUGAUUUUUUAAUGAAGCUUAAGUGAUAUGAUCACAAUGUUUUGACGACAUGGUCUUCUUCAGUUCCCAGUUAAUAUCCUGCAUGUCUCUUUUCUGGUCUUCUGCUCCAAUAUCUCUUUCUCUCUUCCUACAGGACCAUGACUACCUCACCAGCAGGAAAAGGGGGACAUCCAAGAGACAGACCAGGGACUUCAGGGACCUCUCGCUGAUCAAGCUUCUAAACAUUUCCAUCACCCUGUCCCCGUUCCUGAGCGUGGACACCACCCAGUUUCACAAGUCCCUGCUGGACGGCACCGAGGCCUAUUGGCUCAGCCUCCCCGUAGCCCCACAGGGGCGACUGGUAAGCAGCCUAGCAAACCGUCACCUGACCUGGGGAGUGGUGGAACUCUACACUCAGAAAAAAGGAUUCCAAAAGGGUUCUUUGCGAAGGGUUAGGAUUUUACUAUGAACCGUUUUCAUCCGAAUAACCCUUUUUGGAAGACGAGGGUUUUUUGUAAAGGGUUCCCAUAUCGGGAUAGCCGAAGAACGCUAUAUGGUUCUACUUAGCACUGUUUUUUCUAAGUGUAGUGGGGAGAUCCAUUGGGCCUAAGGGAGGUGUCUGUUGUAAUGGGGUGGUGGUUAUCUGGAUGAAAAAAAGGAAAAUGGCAUCCUUGCAUUUUGCAUGCUUUAAAGACCAUAUUUAUUGUGGCGUUUAUUUCCUGCUUGUCCUCUUCAGGUAUUGUCCAAGUCUGGCAUGUUCUAAUGUUUUAAGUAUGUAAAGGCCAUACAAUGACAUAUUGCCCAAUCUACUCUCUCUCUUUCCAGGUGCCUGUGCUAACCCAGUGGCGAGGGCAAUUCUGCGUGAAGCUGAAUAUCAGCAACCCAGAGGCGGUCAGCUGGUUCCUGGACCGGGUGGGCUUGCUGCAGGCCCGUCUGGGCAUGGAGUACAUCCUUCUGGAGGGGGCAGAGGGGAACCCGCUGGACCUGGGCGGGGGAGAUCAGUAUAUCGGCCAGCUGGCGGAUGUGGCAGCCAGGAUAGAAGAGUCAGCUAUCAUGAAUGCAGGGACAAGGUGAGGGCUGAGGGAGGACUCUCUUUCUCUCGCUUUCUUUCUUUGCACACACACACAAUACACUGACAAUAUAGCAUAACUAUCAUUUCUCGCUCUUCCCCCAGGUCGAGCCACAAGCCUGUGUUUGUGCGAAUGCCUCCUUUGCAGUCUGACUGGAGCUCCUCUGGACUGAAGGGCCUCAUUCCCUCCUUGCUGCACCACACUCUGCUGGGGUACAACUUACUCAUUCCCGACGCAGUAGGUAAUACCACAGCUACUCACCAUCACUAUACCUUCAGUUCAGAUAGUCGUACCAAAGCCAAUGGACACUCACACUCUCGCUAGUGAGCAAACGAGUGAAUGUUGACUCCCUCAUUCACUCAUUAAUUCGCUCGCUCAAUUCAUCAAUCACCUAGUCUAUUAUACCCUGAAAUAGUCAGUCUCUAGAAUACAGUAAAGUCUGAUUCAGAUGCUCACUGCUUUUACAUUGUUUGGAUAGUCCUGUAUAAAGGGAUAGUUCAGCAAAAGUACAUGUUAGCAUAUUGGUUUCCUUGCCAUGAAAGCAGUCUAUGGACAAGGAGGGACUGCAAUCCACACUUUAGUUUAGUUAAAGUAGCCAUUGCCACUAAUCGCUAAUAUGAGCAUGUACGGACCAAAACUGAAUGUCAAUAUCCGCUGUUCAGUAUGUUAUAAAAUUGCAUGCCCAAAUCAUCUAUUUUUAUGUUGUUGUACUUUUACCCCAUUUUCGUGAUAUCCAAUUGAUAGUUACAGUCUUGUCCCAUCGCUGCAACUCACUCACAACUCGGGAGAGGCAUGUGUCGUCAGAAACACGACUCUGCCAAGCCGCACUGCUUCUUGACACACUCCUCGCUUAACCCAGAAGCCAGCCGCACCAAUGUGUUAGAGGAAACACCGUACAACCGAAGUCAGCUUGCAGGCGCCCGGCCCGCCACAAGGAGCUGCUAGAGAGCAAUGGGACAAGGUCAUCCCGGCUGGCCAAACCCUCCCCUAACCCGGAUGACGCUGGGCCGGCUGUGACACAGCCUGGGAUCGAACCUUGGUCUGUAGUGACGCCUCAAGCACUGCGUAGCAGUGUCUUAGACCGCUGCGCCACUCGGGAGGCUGCCCAAAUGAUCUCUUAAAUGGAUUGUGCUGAUCAAUGACUAGAUUUGAAGUUAUUUUCAGAUGGUUUGGUCAUGGGUUCACUGCUAUUUCUGCCAUAAAGUCUGCAGUCAGACCUGAUUCUAUUUAAAGUAACAACCAUCGCACCACCUUUGAUAUUCUGGACGACUGCAUAUUCCCAAAGGUGAAACAUCCUUGGGCUUUGGCAAAAAAAUGACAUAUUCCCAAAAUACUCUGAAUUCCGGUUAGGGAACAUAUCAGACAAGUAUUUACUUUGAUGUGGAGAAAACAGAAAGAUGUCAGAGAGAGGAAGGAUAGAUGGGCUGGAAAUCUCACUAACUUCUUUCACCCUCUCAGACUAAAAUGCUAUAUUAAUAACUGUUGGAUUUCACGCCUUCAGUGAAAUGUCUGUCUACCUCUAUAGUAUAUGGGCAUAGCAGGCUGGUUUGAUAAAUUCUAACUCUCUCUCUCUCUCUCCCCCCACACCCUUCCCCUACAUCUCCCUCUCCACCCCCCCCAUCUCUUUCUUUCUUUCUUCCAGGUGGUUCUCUGUCUGGGGACCUGGUGACUGACGAGGAGCUGUUUAUCAGGUGGCUGCAGAUUGUAGCCUUCCUCCCCGUCAUCAGCUUUGAGACACCUCCCUGGGUUUGUGGGGAGGACCGGGUGAGUGAACACCACCCUCACAAGACACCACAAAGACUCCCAACUAGGAUUUCAACAUUUAAAAAAACAUUCACAGGGUUUUCAGAACUCCUAGUUGGAAAGUGCAACCCUGAACCCUCAUACACACAAACACCCCAAAUGUUCAGACCUCCUGUAAGACUACAAUAUUUUGGGACGCCAGGGACCAAAGCCCUUUUUACAUACUCACCACUACACAUUCCGAUCACAGUGAGAGGUGGGGAGUGAAUUUGGCCAAUUCGAUGUGCUGUGCUGGAGAGAUGUUCUUUCAUUCUUAUAGGAUAGUUUAGCUAGUGUGUUUAGGGUUAGGGUGUGUGCUCUGUCAGUGGAGGCCUGAUAUUGUGAUAGUGUGUUUAUUGAUCCUCUCCCUUUGCCUCUGGGUCACUCAGUGCUUUUCCCACCGCGUUUGUCCAUCAGUCCAUGUGUCUGUCUGUCACAUUUUUGUGUGUGUGGAAGUUUAAAGUAUAUUGUGUCUGGGUCUAUCCAAAACCAGGCCUUUCUCUCUCCCUCCCUCCCUCUCUUUCCCAGCAUGUUACUGGAUCACUCCCCAUCCUCACCUCUCUGAUGGACAUCAGAAAUAUACACUUCACCAAGUAG